AAAAGUAUAAACAUGUUCCGCAUUCAUCACAAGAUUACAAUUUACAACAGCGUACAGCCGUACACAAAUCCUCGCCGGGCGACAGCGGAUCCCAAAACGUCGAACGGACACCAGGGGUAUGAUCGUCAUUUCAGCCUCACCUUUUCUUUUGCUUCUCAGUCGUCUAAUCUACAAUCCAUCCUUUCCUUUCGACUUUCGUUUGUCCUCUCCUCUCCCACAGCUACAGCCUACAAGCAACAAUCCCCCAUUCAAUAUUCUUUGACAAGUAAUCUCAGGGCAUUCCAUACCUCAUGGCGACUCUCUCCGCUUACAGCUCUCCCGCCGCCUGGCCCAACGAGAAUCCUAAUCCAGCAGUCCUCCUUCAGCAGAGCGCCACCGGGGAAGAACAACAGCUCGAUAAUCCCCAGUCUUACGAUUCCCUUUCUUCAAUUAUGCCCCAGGAAAAUCACCAACUACCUCCACUCGCUCAGUCGCCUUCGAACCCUAGCCCCCUUACCAAUUACAGCAGUCCAAUUUCUUCACCGCCGGAAUCCUCGUCCCCACUGCCGUCCGUUGCCCUCCUACAUCUCUCCUUCAACCAGGACUCCGGAUGCUUCGCCGUGGGUACCGACCACGGGUUCCGGAUCUACAACUGCGACCCCUUCCGGGAGAUAUUCCGCCGUGACUUCGAUCGCCGUGGCGGCGGAAUCGGAGCGGUGGAGAUGCUUUUCCGUUGUAAUAUUCUAGCUCUCGUUGGUGGUGGGGCCGACCCGCAGUACCCACCCAAUAAGGUUAUGAUCUGGGAUGAUCACCAGAGCCGUUGCAUUGGCGAGCUCUCCUUUAGGUCCGAGGUUCGAUCUGUGAAGCUUCGGCGGGAUAGGAUCAUCGUCGUUUUGGAGCAGAAGAUUUUUGUGUAUAAUUUUUCGGAUUUGAAGCUGUUGCAUCAGAUUGAGACGAUCGCCAACCCUAAAGGGCUUUGUGCGGUGUCACAUGGGGCGGGUUCGCUUGUCUUGGUCUGCCCGGGCUUGCAGAAGGGUCAAGUUCGGGUUGAGCAUUAUGCCUCAAAGCGGACAAAGUUCAUUAUGGCGCACGACUCCAGGAUUGCUUGUUUUGCUAUCACGCAGGAUGGCCAGUUGCUUGCUACUAGUAGCACUAAGGGUACCCUCGUAAGGAUUUUCAGUACAUCGGACGGCAGUCUUCUUCAAGAGGUGAGGAGGGGUGCAGACAGAGCAGAGAUAUACAGCUUAGCAUUCUCUUCUACUGCACAAUGGCUAGCCGUUUCUAGUGAUAAAGGAACAGUGCACGUUUUCAGCCUUAAGUUGAAUCCUGAGGCAAAAAUGAACGACAUAUCACGAACCACAACUGAUUCAAAUCAUGCUGCUGGCUCACCUGGUUCAUCCUUGUCCUUUAAUAUAAUAGUUGAGAUAUGUUUUGACGGCAUAUUAAUCUCAUCAAAGCUUCCGCAUGCAGGUGUUUUACCAAAGUAUUUCAGCUCGGAGUGGUCGGUUGCUCAGUUUAGGUUACUGGAAGGCUCACAGUACGUUGUUGCCUUUGGUCACCAGAAGAACACGGUGGUCAUUCUCGGGUUCGAUGGAAGCUUCUAUAGGUGUCAGUUCGACCCUGUGAACGGUGGAGAGAUGACACAGCUAGAACAUCACAACUUUCUGAAGCCAGAUGGUAGCUCCUGAAGGAGGGAAAGUUUCAGGCUUGUACUUGUUGCUGGAUGUCUAUAUAGUAUAUAUUCUUCCUCUUUUUUUCUUUUUCACGUUGUUACCGCGUUGUGUUCGGUGGGCAGAUGGGUACAUGUUGUACAUAUGUAAAUGUAUCAUGUAAGUUAUGUUGGAGGCUAAAAGGAAAGUAACAGGGAAGGAAUGAGCUAAAUUAGCGUCCUGUCCUGUCCGUCCCUUGAAAAAAUUUGAUAUUGGUCACUCGAAUUACUAAAAUAUGUCAUAUUUACCAGUGUCCAUGAAACCGUACCGUACUGACGGUUCAACCACAAAAUAUCAACAUUGGAGGCUAAACUGGUAGGCGAUAUUUAACGGUUAAACUACGUUUAAACCACGGUUUUACCAUAAAACACUCUAAUACUGACUUUUUCAGU